UGCGUAAAGAGCCGCUUAUGCUGGACGCAAAAUGCUCUGCCCACCGGGCGCCGUCGCGUUUGCUGCCUGCGUUCCUCUCCAAGGAUGAUAAGGCGCAUGGAUGCACUCGCCCCAGACCUCGUUCCCUAAAUGUGAUAAUACCGACAUCGUUUUCUCCAACGAUCCUUAACCUUAUCUCUGGUUGUUUGUUUUUUCCCCCCCCUCGUGUGUGUCUGGAUUGUGUUCAUCUUUAACCGGCCACCACCGUAGCCCCCCGCGUUGCGUUGGCGCUGCGGAAUAGCCUGCAAGAACAAGAGCCAGCUCACAGCCGUGGAAACAAGCGAAUCAAUUUAGAGAAGAGAAAAGGAGAGAGACAGAUAGCGAGGUUGGAAAAGCAGCGAUCGGGAGAAGGGACGAGUGGAGAGAAAACAUCGACCUUAUACGCCGCAGCCGACCAAACAUUAAGUGAGAAGCAACAGCAUCCACAGAGACAACACAUCCAAGAGCAAACCCUCCCCCAAAUUGGAUUUCUAUUCUAAUAAUUGUCAUGGGAACAAAUGAUACAGAGUUCCCUAAAAUGAGUUGUUGAAAAGAACAAGGAGUUUGAUUGUCAAAAAAGCAUGAGCAGAGUAAAAUAAGAAUCUAUUAAUGAUAGAGUGUUUAAUAUAACAUUACGCUUUCCCCUCUCCAUUUUUAAACUGACUGCUUGAAAGACAAAAACAGAAUACAAGCAUAAAAUAUGAAUAUCACGAUAAGCACUUAAAUCCCCCUGUUUGGAGGUGACUUAUCAACUUCAUAGCAAUAGGGGUGGGUCAUGACUCAGUUGCCAUGCGUGCUGUCAUGGUGACCAGCCCCUGUACCCCUUCCCCCCUCCUCUGGUUGGUCCAGCUUUUGUUGUGGUUUCACAACCAUGGACCACAGCUGACAGAGGCAGCACCCGCGUGCCCCAGCCUUUGUACCUGCUCCAAUCAGGCGAGCCGUGUCAUCUGUACAAGGAAGAGUUUAGAUCAAGUCCCAGACAGUAUUUCAGAGAACACAAGAUACCUCAAUCUACAAGAGAACACAAUCCAGGUGAUCAAGUCUGACACAUUUAAACACCUGCGGCAUUUGGAAAUCCUCCAGCUCUCCAAGAACCACAUCCGGCAGAUUGAGGUGGGAGCUUUCAAUGGCCUUCCCAACCUCAACACGCUUGAGCUUUUUGACAACCGUCUCACAGUGGUACCGUCACAAGCCUUUGAGUACCUCAGCAAGCUAAGGGAACUAUGGCUACGAAACAACCCCAUCGAGACACUGCCGGCAUUUGCCUUUCACCGUGUUCCCUCAUUACGCCGUCUCGAUUUAGGGGAACUCAGGAAGCUGGAUUUCAUCUCAGAGGCGGCCUUCGAAGGUCUGGUCAACUUACGCUUCUUGAAUCUUGGCAUGUGCGGCUUGAAGGACAUCCCUAACCUCACCCCACUAGUACGACUAGAGGAGUUGGAGCUGUCAGGGAACCAGCUGGGGAUAGUCAGGCCUGGAUCCUUCCAGGGCCUAGUGUCGCUUCGCAAGCUGUGGCUAAUGCACUCCAGAGUGUCAGUCAUUGAACGAAAUGCUUUUGAUGACCUCAAAAACUUGGAGGAGCUCAACCUCUCCCACAACUCCCUGCAUUCCCUGCCCCAUGACCUCUUCACCCCUUUGCACCAGUUGGAGAGGGUACAUCUAAACCACAACCCUUGGGUCUGCAACUGUGAUGUUCUGUGGCUCAGCUGGUGGCUGAAAGAAACAGUUCCCAGCAACACCACAUGUUGUGCUCGAUGCCACGCGCCCCCAGGUAUAAAAGGCAAAUACAUUGGGGAACUAGACCAGAGCCACUUCACCUGCUAUGCCCCAGUGAUUGUUGAGCCACCCACUGACCUCAAUGUCACUGAGGGCAUGGCUGCUGAGCUGAAAUGUCGUACUGGAACCUCGAUGACCUCUGUGAAUUGGUUCACUCCGAAUGGCACUCUGAUGACCCACGGAUCAUACCGAGUAAGGAUCUCAGUGCUUCAUGACGGAACACUGAACUUCACAAACGUGACCGUGCAAGACACAGGGCAGUACACUUGCAUGGUAACCAACUCCGCGGGAAACACCACUGCGACCGCCGUGCUCAAUGUGUCUGCUUCAGACCCCAGCAACAGCUACAGCUAUUUCACCACUGUCACUGUGGAAACAGUGGAGACAGUGAGAGGAGACGAGGAAAACUCAGCAAGACAGUAUAUUAACGAGACGUUCAUAGAUUUUCUUAAUCCUACUGGCCAAAGAGGAGUGUUAGAGGGCCGACCUGGUAUCACUAUAUCGCCUUCUCUCUCCUCUCUUUCCUCACUCUCCCCACGAGCCAACAGAGCCACUGAAAAUGCAGUGACUGUGUCCAUAAUGGAUGUAACUAACAUUCCAGGCCUAGAUGAUGUAAUGAAAACAACUAAGAUCAUCAUAGGUUGCUUCGUGGCCAUUACCUUUAUGGCAGCUGUAAUGUUGGUCGUAUUCUAUAAAUUGCGUAAGCAGCACCAGCUACACAAGCACCACGGCCCUGCCAGAGCCAUCGAGAUUGUCAACGUAGAAGAUGAGAUUGGAGCCGGGGCCGGGAGUGGCAUCUCAGGCGGCUCAACAAUGAAUUCUGGCAGUGGAGAAGGAACCCUAAGGAGACAUCAUCCAGAAAUAGUCAACCUCCCCAAUAUUGGUCGCUCAGAUACUCUCAACCAUUACUACAAGACCCAUCAUUUCAACAACAACGUGAUGGGUCUUAGUCUCGGCUCCGACGGGAUGGGACCAGGGAUGAUGCUCAAUAGCAAGAACCAGCAACUCCAGGAUAUCCCCAUCUCCUGUACGUCAGUCCCAAUCUCUACGUCUAAUAUGCUCUCCUCAUCCGGCAAUGGCACCAACAUCCACCCCUGUUCUAUGUCCCCACCGCUGCCGAUGUCUCUCCCCAUGCCUACCAUGGGCUUACAUGGAUCGAUCAAGGGUUUCAUGGGCCAACACCAGAAUCCCCAAAUGGAGCCACUUCUCUUCAAGGGGAACUCGAAGGAAAACGUCCAAGAGACUCAGAUCUAAAAACAAAAGCGAGAGUAUAGAGAGAGAGAGUGAGCAAAAGUUGGAGACAGAGAGGGGAUUGAUGUUGGGUUUAUGCGCGGAAUGAUUAGACACUAGAGUGCAUUGACAUUACACCAGGAGAGAGGAUAGACUGACACGGCAAUACACAAACACAGACUUAUCCGUGACAGUGUACUGAGCCAAGGAUUACCACAAUGGGCCACUUGUGUUUGUAGUAACGAUCAUGGCCAUGGAGAUCAAGGAAUGGACAUUGCUACAAUGUAAAUCUGUGCCAAAGCAAAUGUUUUUUGCAGUUUCUACAAGCUGUGUUCUCAUAGGGAAAAACUAGCCUUUAGGAGUAAUCAGUCCCCAAAUCGUUGUUGGCCAGCAGAGAUGAAAGACAUGCACAGCACUUACCACACUGAAGAUCGGAGAUAUUACAGAACAAAAUCCAAGAGACAUUUUUCUUCCACACAAAACACAAGCCACACUCUCUCUCAAGUGACUCAAUAGACUCCCUCAAGGUGACAAUUAUGUAGGCAUAAAUAGAUGGACAAAAAGGUACAGUGCAGUACAAACUACUGUGAAAAAUCCACAAAUUAUAUAAAUAUAUUUUCAUUUAAAUAUGUAUCAUUGCAGACUCCGAUGCAGAGAUAUUUUGGGGUGGAUGUAGUUUGUUUCUUUGUGGAUAAUCAGGGGCGGUGAUAGUGGAGGUUGGUAUUGAUACAUGUUUUAAGUUUGGCUACUUCUCAGAAACAUAAGGGCUCAAUUGCAACACUCAUUGUGAAUCUUUGAAUUGGCUUUGUGACAUAAAGUCCAUUUAGGUUGUAGAACAGUAAAUGCAGAUCUCUGUUUGACAAACUUUUUUCUGUUGCUUCAGUAAUAAUCAUUACAAACUUUUGUGUUCUGAGAGUGUAUUAUGUAUUUUGUAAAAGCCAGCUACUUGGUAUUUGAAUUGACAAUUCUGAUACUUAAAUGCCAGCAUCAAAUAAUUGUUGAAACGAUGUUCCACAAACACGGAAAGCUAACCCAUUGCAAAGACCUGUAUGGGUAAAAUAAAGUGUUGACAAUGUGUUAUUUGAAUCAGAUCAGUAGCCAGAUAUUUGCUUUUAGAGAGGAAUUUGAUAUGACCUCCUUGCUCAUGGUUACCAUAAUCAUGCCAUAAAAUGCUGUCACAAGGAUGAUUAGACAUCUUUCUGCAGCAUCAUUCAAGAAGGGAUUAAACAUCCAUCUUAGGAUGAUUGGAAUGAAUGGAAAUGUACAGUAUAUUAAUAAUAAUAAUGUCUGGUUGUAUGACAAUUGUAAGAUCCACAUUUUUACAGUGUAACUUUCAUAUGUUAAAUGCCAUUUACGCUUCUUGCGUUUCAACUAUGUAUUUCUUUAUUUUUGUUAGUUUGAUAUAAUGUGUACAGUUGUCUAGCCAUGUAUCAUUACGUGUGAAAUAAAUCAAUCAUAUAUUGGGUUGUGGCGGGUCAAUAUGGCAACCACAUUAGUAAAGAGUGAGACAUUAUGCAGGCCUCUGUGCUAAACCUGGAUUGAAUGUAUGGUUUGUGGUUUAGCCAUUAGUCAUCCUGGUAAUGAUAGGUGCUGCUUUAUUAACAUGUUCAGAGAGGCUUUUAGAUGUUCCACAGACACGACUGGUUUUGCAAAAUGAGUGUUUUUAACAGAACUAGAUGAUAAGUUAUUCUUAAUGAAGGUGCUUUUGUCUGACAUUAGACCCCAGUAUGCUUCUCCUAUGGUGGUUCUUUUGUGCUAGUCUGGAAAUCGGUAGAAGAAUUGAGAAAAGAAGUAUAAUAAAUAAAUUAUCUCUUUUUUUUUAUAAUUAUCAAGCAGGAACCUAAAAUGUUUGUUGCAAUUGAGCACAAACUGGACCAGUUAUUCCAGAUAAUGUACCUGAGAUAGUAUUAUCAACAAAGUCAUAUCAACAAGGUUUUCGACUGUAAUGCGGCUCUGUACGGGAUUUUGCUGGGUUUUUUCUGUUGCAACCCUCCAUUACAACUGCAUUGCUUAUAUAUAGGAGCUGUUUUAUGUGAUUGAUGAUGUUUUUUCUUAUCAACAACAAGCCCACACUUAUUCGACGAAGAGGACACUAUGGAAUAGUAAUAAUAGUGAUGAUAAUAUGAGUGAUGGUAUCAGACAAAACCCACCCAGAAUGCACUGUCACAGAGGUUAAUUGAAAUGAUUUCAUGUUCUAUGGAAAGGAACAUCUUCUGCAUCAAUGCACACCCCGUUCAUCCUGUUUAAUGAUCUAUGAUAAUAUGCCUGGUUAUACUUGCGAUACCACAUGUAAACUCAUUGAUCAAACAACUCAGUAUGUCUAAAUUACAGUUUUCUCAACUUGGUGUUUUUUUGUCGUGAAUCUCAUCGAGAAGCAUCGUAAAUGUAAAUGUGUUGCAACCCCGCAAACAGAUCUAGUGGGCAGGGUUCAACUGUAGCCCCACAGAGACACAAAUGGAAUAUAAAUGAAGGCUAAAGACACAACAUAUGGGCCGCUCCCUUGAUGUGCUACAUUUGGUGGCUCUGCCGUCAGAUUUGAAAGAGCAUACUAGAUAUCUCCUUGUGUUCUGCGUGUGAGGGUGCAUUGCUGCAUGUUAACUGUGGAACAAGUCUUUUUACCUGAACGCCGCUUUGGCAGUGUUUUAUUACGAUGGUGACUCACCUAAUGGGCACAGAAAUGUUCCUUUCAUACCUCUGGACAUCCGUUACAUGCAACAUGUAACACAAUUAUCAUCAUUAUUAUUAACAUUUUGAGGAAAUGCAGAAGCUUUUUGUUACAUCUUAGUAUAGUGGCUGCCAUUGUACACAUUGAUGCGAUUUAAAAGGAGGCUCAUUCUGCAGCAGUGUGACCCCUUUUAAUGAAGAUCACAAGCUUGAGACUAGAAUCUGAAUAUGUGCAUAUUGGGCAACUGUACCUCACUGUUUUAUAUAGUAUAUGGUGUUGAAUCGAUGCAGUUUGGCUACAGAUGGAGUACUGGCAUAUGUGUAUCCUCUGCACCAUCCGUUGCUUAUAAUGGAUGCUUCAGCCCAGAUGACAUUUCUUGUUUUGUUGGAAGCAAAGCUCCUAAAUGAAAAGGAUUAUCAAAUCUGAGACACCAAAUUGCAAGACAAGAAAAUGGAAUGAACUGUUGGUCUUUUAAAGGUAAGCUGUUCUGUUUGAUAAAACAAUGUAAACAAAUGACCUGGGUCUGUUUUGAAAGCUUUUUAAAAAGAGAGCGAGAGAACAGUGUUAAGCUCUAGAAGAAAUUAGAUUUGUUUCAUACAAAAUAAUUAUGAAAAAAGUAAUUUUGUGUAGUUUUGUUUCCUAUUUUAUUUUCCAGUUGUUGGUUGUAUCUCGGUAUGUGAUAUUAUCAAUUUGGGUCUUUAUGUAUUGUCAUUAAAUGUCAUUUUUUUCAUGCCUUCAUCCAGGUACAGUGUGGCAGAAGAGUGUAUUUCUUCAAUUAUAGCAAAAUCAACAUGUGCUGCACUUGCACUUCAAUGACUGUCAUACAAUGACUGAGAGGUAUAUUAUUUCAUUGUUUGCUACUUCUGUGACUUCAGUCAGGAGUUAUUCUGCUAUUAGAAACAUAUGUCACUUUCAUUCUUUGUUGUGAUUUUAACCAACAGAGCACCACAACUAACUAAAUCAGAAGUUUAACAUGAUGAUGUUUCAAAUAAGUUAUUGCGUGAAAUUUUAUAAAACAAAAUGAACAAAGUCCUAACAUUUACUCUGUUUACACUGUAUUUUGUUACUUAAUUUUUUUUGUCUUCUCGCACUUAUUUAUCAAAUCAGGAAACAGGACACACGUUCAAAAUAAGGUCAUAGUUGGACGCAAUGGCCCCUUGUAUUGCUGCUACGUCCACACUUAUAUUGUGAUAGCUGGUAGCUUGUUUUAUAAAAGGCCCGUGCAAAUGUUACGGCAUUACAGCAAAUGUAGCGAGGGAAUUUAAAACAGUGCCAGCAGCUAACAAACUGUCAAAGAGUCAACCGUUUUCCGAUGGCGCAAAUACAUUUCUUGAACUGUAAACUGUUAUCACGAAAAAUGAACAAACACAAACUGAUCUUACUGAUUGAAAUCCAAAUAACAAAUUGAGUUAUAGCAGCGGGUGUAGAAGUAUAACCUCCUGCAAUCACUGCAGCAUGACAACCGCCUUAAUAAAUCAAGUGGUCCAUCAUGUUACAUUAGUGUAAUUGUACAUAAACCCGCAUUGCCAUUUUUGAUUAUUUGCAUAUGUUGGGCAUUUUCAAAUCCAACAAAUAAAAGGCAACAAAUCAGAUCCUUUCGUGAAUAGUUAAACAUUUCCUUCGCACUGCAAAUGUAAAAUCAACUCAGUCCAUUCGGGGUUUUGUUCCUGACAUCUCCAGAUCAAAUACACUAACUCAUUUUUAUGCUUUUAUGUGCAGGCCUUCAAUAACAUCAUUAUCACUAGUUCUUAUCUUGCUUCACUGUGUGGUAUUCUGUUCAUCUGCAUGUUCCAGAGUUGACAUUUUUUAACUUAUUUAGAACCCCGAGGUGAGGUGGAACUCUAUAGACUAUCACAGAUGUCCCCUGCGCAGUGCAAGCGCAACCCUCGUUACGAAACAGCAACCUCAAGGGAUUCAUGUAACAACAAAUGCAUCAGCCAUGAACCGUGACAGUGAAUUUGAAUGAUAUGUUUAGAGAAAAUGUGUGGGCCUUACAGCACAGGGAAUUGAAUUUGAAAUGUCUUAGGGGGCACUAUGUAAAGUUAUUUUCUUGAAUGUAAUUGUACUUGGCUUGUACUCCGGUCCCCAAAGACCUCAGUCCCCAUGAGACUUCUUGGAAAUAAAGGCCUGUAUGCUGAAAUAGCAAUGGAAAAGACA